GUCACUUCCGCAGGGCCCGCCAUCUUGUUGGCAGUUAGUGGCGACAGCGCCCGGCUCGGCCACUCGCCUUUCGGUGCAGCGAGUCAGUCCCCCGCCCCGGCCGGAGCACUGAGCCGCCGUGGCACUAUGGCCAACAACAGCCCCGCGGCAGGCGCCGGCAAUUGCCAGCAGCAGCAGGCGGCCCAGCACCAGGCCGGAUCCGUCCCGCCGGCUCAGCCGCCGCUACAGAGCGGGGCCCCCAAACCGGCGGCCUCGGGCAAGCAGGGCAACGUGCUGCCGCUGUGGGGAAACGAGAAGACCAUGAACCUGAACCCCAUGAUCCUCACCAACAUCCUCUCCUCGCCCUACUUCAAGGUGCAGCUCUACGAGCUCAAGACCUACCACGAGGUGGUGGACGAGAUCUACUUCAAGGUUACACAUGUUGAACCAUGGGAGAAAGGGAGCAGAAAAACAGCAGGCCAGACAGGGAUGUGCGGAGGGGUACGAGGUGUUGGAACGGGAGGAAUUGUGUCUACAGCUUUUUGCCUGCUAUACAAAUUAUUUACUCUAAAACUCACUCGUAAGCAAGUGAUGGGCCUCAUUACACACACAGAUUCUCCGUAUAUUAGGGCUCUUGGAUUUAUGUAUAUUAGGUACACACAGCCUCCUACUGAUCUAUGGGACUGGUUUGAAUCGUUCCUUGAUGAUGAAGAGGACCUGGAUGUGAAGGCAGGUGGGGGUUGUGUUAUGACCAUUGGGGAGAUGCUUCGUUCCUUUCUUACUAAGCUCGAAUGGUUUUCAACAUUGUUUCCAAGAAUUCCUGUUCCAGUCCAGAAAAACAUUGAUCAGCAAAUAAAAACCAGACCUAGAAAAAUCAAGAAGGAUGCCAAGGAGGGAGUGGAAGAAAUAGACCGACAUGCAGAGCGUAGACGUUCAAGGUCUCCAAGAAGAUCUGUGAGCCCCAGGAGGUCUCCUAGAAGAUCCAGAAGCAGAAGUCAUCAUCGGGAAGGCCAUGGAUCAUCUAGUUUUGAUAGAGAACUAGAACGGGAGAGAGAACGGCAGAGAUUAGAACGUGAAGCUAAAGAGAAAGAAAAAGAGAGGCGAAGAUCACGAAGUACUGAUCGUGCAUUAGAGCGGAGGCGAAGCAGAAGCAGAGAGAGACACAGAAGCCGUAGUCGAAGUCGUGAUAGAAAGGGAGAUAGAAGAGACAGGGAUAGAGAGCGGGAGAAAGAAAAUGAACGAAGCAGGAAAAAAGAUAGAGACUAUGACAAGGAAAAGGGUAAUGAAAGAGAGAGAUCAAGGGAGCGGUCAAAAGACAGGAAAAGUAAGGGUGAAAUAGAAGAGAAAAGACACAAAGAUGACAAGGAUGAAAAGAAGCACAGGGAUGAUAAGAAAGAUUCCAAAAAAGACAGAAAACAUAGCAGAAGUCGAAGCAGGGAGAGGAAGCAUAGGAGUAGGAGUAGAAGUAAGAAUACAGGUAAGCACAGUAGAAGCAGGAGCAAGGAGAAAUUAAGUAAACAUAAAAAUGAAAGUAAAGAUAAAUCAAAUAAACGAAGUAGAAGUGGAAGCAGAGGAAGAACCGAUAGUGUUGAAAAGUCCAGAAAACGAGACCACAGUCCCAGCAAAGAGAGAUCCCGAAAGCGUAGUAGAAGUAAAGAACGAUCCCUUAAACGUGAUCACAGUGAUAGCAAGGACCAUUCAGACAAACAUGAUUGUCGAAGGAGCCAAAGUACAGAACGAGAGAGCCAAGAAAAGCAACAUAAAAACAAAGAUGAGACUGUGUGAACUCAAUGAAAAGUGGAUCACAUUGAAUCCUAUAAAUCUUUGAUUAAAUCCUGCUUAUUUUUUUCUUAAAGUUGAGAUUGUGCAGUAGUUGAGCACUCUUUUUUCAACCUCCCUCUAGGCUGCAGAUUGUCAUUUCCUAUGUUGGGUAGGGAAGUGCCUUUGUAAUCCCAUUUGAUGCAUUGAUGGUUUCAACCCAUGUGUUUAGUUUAAUUCAUAAUACAAAGAUUGUUCUUGCGUUUUUAUUGUUCAAAUGUUUCUCAAAUGUACAGUCUGUACAUAUGUCCUGAAAAUGUUUUAAUUCCUUUGGUAUGGUUGCCAUGUUGGUUAAAUUUGUAUAAGGCAAUAAACUGCCACUAAUUCUA